UCUCAACGCAUACUCCGUAUUGUUUUUUGUUUUCCUGGAAACUCCUCAUCAAGUUCAUCCUUGAAAUAAUUCCUGCAGCAUCCAAAGAGAUCGAAAAACAACAACAAUAAUAAUACAGUAUAUAAUUAUGAAAGGAGAUUCUAGCAACCCAUUGGCCUUAACAUCUCUCAACCACAUCUCUCUUAUCUGCAAAUCAGUGGAGGAAUCAAUAGAUUUCUAUCAAAACAUUCUGGGUUUUGUCCCCGUUAGGAGGCCCGGUUCUUUCAAUUUCGACGGGGCUUGGCUGUUUAGCUAUGGAAUCGGAAUACAUUUGCUUCAAUCCGAAGACCCAGAAAACUUGCCAAAUAAAAGUGAAAUCAAUCCCAAAGACAAUCACAUCUCCUUCCAGUGCGAGAGUAUAGACGCAGUGGAGAGGAAACUGAAAGACAUGGAAAUGAAGUUCCUGAGGCAAAGGGUGGAAGAAGGAGGGGUUUACGUGGAUCAGCUGUUCUUCCACGACCCCGACGGCUUCAUGAUUGAGAUCUGCAACUGCGACAAUCUCCCGGUGGUUCCGCUGGCCGGCGAUCUCAGGUCGUCGUGUUCCCGCCACAGUAUCCCCAACAUGCAAUCGCAGCAGACGCAGCAACACCGUCGUCACCACCACAUUCAUGUCUGAAUAAUUGAAUCCAAUCCCAACGAUAUAAUUAAUAAUCAAACGUAUGUAAUGUAUCAUACAAUUACGUUGUACUUGCAAUUAUUUAAUUACGUAAGAUCUAUCGGCAGGCUAGCUAGCUAGCUAGGCGGGCUUAGCUACCAUUUGUUUUUCUUCCUUUUCCUUUCCUCGCGUGUUAUGUUUCUCUGUGAGUUUGGCACCUGAAUUGUAAGGACGUACCUAACGUGUUUUAAUCUACUAGCCAUUCCUUACGUUUUAUGUAGAAAUUAAUAAGAGUAAAAAUAUUCUGUAUAU